UUGUCUUUUCCAUGUAAGAUUUGUUUCACUAGCCCUUUUAACGCCGGAUGUUCUGGUUCCACAACAUCCGGCGCUGUUCCAGUACACCAGUACCCCACUUGUCAUCAGACCUGGUCUGCUUUCGGUGCGGUCCUUGUUGCGACCUUGUUAUAUACCAACAAUGCCUUGUAUGCUCGAAUGAUUUAUGGUACUGAAUUUGCGGAUCACUUAUGGGGUUUACCUGAACCAAAUAUAAAUCGGCCAUCGCUCGAUGUCGCUAGUGUUUGUUUAGUUAGAGUAAUCACUUUAUUUUUCAUUACUUCAGCAAUUUUAAGAAAUAGUUCGACGAAAUCCUGUAUCAUUGAAGAAGAAGGAUAUAAGUGCUAUCAACGUCGUCUUCGAAAUAAUCAUCAGUUCCAACAGUUGCUAUUGGCUAAAGAUAAUAUUUUAAAUAUAUGCAUAAGAAAUGUGAAACGAUAUCACCAUUGUCAAGCGCAAGAUAUAUCUACACUGAGAUCUUGUUUAUGCAGCUCAAGAGAAGAGCUCGAAAAUCGACUUCAAGCAUCCGUACUGAGGUGCGUUCGUCAAUCUGAAUACUUGCCUGGUUUCAUCUACCACCUUAUCAUUGACACAGGAUCUAAAAAUCUAAAAUCCAAAGAGUUAUCACCUAGUUUCUCUUCGCGCUUUCAUGAACGGCCAAAUCGGCCGCAUCGACCAAAAGAAAUUAUUCGAUCAAUUAAAACGACAGCAUCAAAACCUAAAAAAGCAGAGGAUCUAGAGAUUGUAACAGGUAAAAUUUGUUCAUUUCGACUAAAAAAAAGAUAUGAAUAUCGCUAG